CGCGCGCUGGGAGCGGGUGCGGAAAGAUGUCGGACGCGGCGGUGGCGGACACUCGGCGCCUUAACUCGAAGCCUCAGGACCUGACGGAUGCCUACGGGCCGCCGAGCAACUUCCUGGAGAUCGACAUCUUCAACCCGCAGACCGUGGGCGUGGGCCGAGCGCGCUUCACCACCUACGAGGUCCGGAUGCGGACAAACCUCCCUAUCUUCAAGCUGAAGGAGUCAUGUGUACGGCGGCGCUACAGUGACUUUGAGUGGCUAAAGAAUGAACUGGAACGGGACAGUAAGAUUGUAGUGCCACCGCUGCCUGGGAAAGCCUUGAAGCGGCAGCUCCCCUUCCGAGGAGACGAAGGCAUCUUUGAGGAGUCCUUCAUCGAGGAGAGGAGGCAGGGCCUGGAACAGUUUAUUAACAAAAUCGCCGGGCACCCAUUGGCUCAGAAUGAGCGCUGCCUACACAUGUUCCUGCAGGAGGAGACAAUCGACAGGAACUACGUCCCAGGGAAGUGGCUGUCGUCCCCCGGCCUGACUGUCUGUCUGCCAUCGUUCUCCCUGGCACUUGGCCACACUGUGGGCACUCUUCUAAGAUCCUCCUCUCUAAGGAGAGGUGGGAAGCUGCGGGCAGAGGUCCUGAGCUUUUAGGGGGGAAGGGUUCAGGAAUUGGACUAAAAGGCACUUGCUUGGGCUUCCUCUCGGGCAAUAAGUCUAGCCUGGGGGUCCGGCACUUGGCCAAACAGGUCAGCGCUGCUGUGAGUCUAAGGGAGGUUCCCCACUCCAAAGUUCAACCUGGAACUCUGAGCAGGGAGCAACCCUGCCCCUUCUACCUGCAUGGAACCUUCCUUUUGCCCUGUUGUGGGAUGGUAGACUCUCAUGGGCUCUCCCAGUUUUCUCUAUUCCACCCCCAGUUCUCUCUACAUUUUCUUGAUUCCCUUCCUCCCUCUUAUGUUACUGUCUGGGGCAGUCAUCAGCCCAGAAGCUAAGCAUCCAGGUUUGUGGAUUUGCUGUCUCAGAGUCACAAGGAACUUCUGGGGAAGCAGAGGGGCUCCCAUUGGCUUUCUCCCACUCUCCAGGCCCCUAGCUGCUUCCUCUGCUUGGCUGGCUUGUUGCUGUCCACCCUUAGUUGACCAAUGGGGGUCAGCAGCUCUUCCUGAAAUCUUACUGCCAGGGUGGGCUGUCUCGGAGGAACUUCCCUAUUGGGUGAUGGUGCAGACUGAGAAUGGUUUCUUGUCUCGGGAAGCUCCCAGUGGCCAGAAAGCACUCCAUCCCAUUCUCCUUCCUCCUGGAAAUCUCACGCCACUUUUGUUCCCAAAGGGCAGGGCUACUUGAACUAAUAAUGUAGUCUGACUUCUGGCAAGCACUUUGAGCUGGGUAAACGGGGCUGAGGGUGAAGAAUUGUCCUCCCCUCCCCCACUUUGGUCACAGGGUCAUUGAGCUUUCUGUACCUGUCUCUUCAGGGACCACCAGUGGUUUCUCUAGAAGCUGGGCCAGGGACAGCAGCUGGCUGGGAGUUGCCCUAGCUUUUAGUACGAAGCAGGUUCUUAGGGCUAGGAGCUAUCCUGGGCUUUGGGCUGGGAGGUGGCCUGUUUUCUGGCCAGGGCAGUCGAGUAGGAAGCAUCAACAGGAGAGCCUUUGCCCACCCCUUCACAAGACCUAGGCUCCCCAUCAUAGUAGGAUGUUGGGGGAAGGGAUGAGUAGCCUGAUCUGGGAGGGGGUGGAUUGGGUACUGGCCUGGGAUUUGGAGCUGGGCCCCAGGCCAGAGGUCAGCUUGAGCUGUUGAGGCUGUGCCCAGGAGCAGCUCCCAGAGAGGCUCUGUUCCCUUGCUCACCUUGCUAAUGUGGUUGUUGUUGAAAUACCUGCUUCCUUUUUUGAGCUCUAGCUUCUCUUCUGUAUUUUUUAAGACAUUCCUUCAGCAUGCACAAGUGCUGAGAGUCUGACGCCCCAUCUCUGCUGUGUAUAUAUCCUAAUUUGGGGCUUUCAUUCAGCAAAACUCUUCAAUCUUCUGUCAGACAAUGUCAUAUCGAACUUCUGUUCAUAUUAAACCACUGUGAAGCAA